CCGGGCUCCGGCAGGACCGGUAGAGUAGUCAACCUGUCGAACAUGGAUCUUCAGACUUUGAAUUCGAUUUCAUAUAAUUGACUCGCUUGGCAUACUGUUACCAUGUUCCUCUCGCGCCUCGUAGCGACUGCAAAACAAUUCUCCACAUCUGCCGUUACCAGUUUCCCAAAACUCAAGACGCACAGCGGUACAAAGAAACGGUGGAGGGCGCUCAGCAAUGGCAAGUUCAAACGCGCACAUGCGGCACACGCGCAUUUGAACGUUACUAAGAGACCAGGGCGUAAGAACGCACUUUGUCAGACAGCAUAUUCCAGCGGAGCGCAGACACCAACCUUAAAAAAACUCAUGCCCUACGCCUAGCCUUACUUAUUCUAUAGGUCGGUUCCUUGUUCUGAGCUAGGGAGCAUCGCACUCAUCGCCUCCAGAUACUCUGUACUUCUUAUAUAAUCAACGUCUGUUUUACCAAGAGUGGAUGUUUGCGAUACAUACGUGACACUUCCUGACGACAUAUGUUCGUCUGGCAUCACAGUUCCAAUUUGCAUAAUUAUCCUCCAGAGCAGAGGGUUGGUCCAGGUGCACUUAAUGUCACCAUUUCUGAUAGAUGGUCCUCAGAUACACAAAAAGCACACCAUAUUCGGUAUUCAGGAAAAACGCGGUGAAGUCACUGAAAUCACUAACGCUUCAAUGAUUUUAUGAUUUGAGUCUGUAUAGCUUGAAGAACAAGAAUA